UUAUUCGACGGGCGGCUGAAACUCAGCUGCGUGCCUCGUGUCUUUGCGAGUGCACUUGUUCUUUCACGCGGCCGGGACACUGGGGACAGACGUCGUCGUCGAGUCAACACGACUCAUUUCUGAAGCAGCGAGCGCGCAUUUUUGUAUUAGGGAUCGGCCGCUGUACCGAGAAAAGAACAGCAGUGCCCGUCACAAACCGUUUAGCUUGUUCGUGUUGGCUCACUAAGCACGCCAAGCAAAGAAGCCUUUUCUUCGAGGUCUUCGUUCUUCCCUUCGAGAAGAAGACAUCAGGUGUGCGCCGUGCAGCCGGAAGUGCUUGGAGAUCGUGCCUGUGAUUCCAUAAGCCUGCAGUUUUUCGCCCUGGAUGUCUUCAUACAGCCACGGGUAGGACAGAGCGGCUUUUGAUUGUGUCCGUGCUUGCGCGUGCGUGCGCCCGUGUUUGUGUUUUGCUGUGCGACCACCUAUAGCUGUCCGCAGUGUUGAAGAAUUCAUCCCUUUACGACACCGCUGGGAUCUCACUCGAUCAGGGCCAUCAACCAUCGCUGUAGUACGAGUGGCUCACGCAGCUCGAGGAUUCUGAAGACCCUGCGCAAUCAAGGUCACCUGAUCUUUUCGCCCUAGCUUCACGAUUGGUCGCCAUGCAGCGGCUUCGGAGGAGACGAUUCUUCACGAGAUAGCGCCGACGCAUGACAACGCUUAAGGAGGAGAGUGGCCUCCUGAUUGGUAUUUUUCCUCAUGACAAAGGCGGAUGAAGACAUCAUAAUGGAUUACGACAGUGGUGCGUAUCACGGCGCGUGCAUUGCGAAAAUCAUGGACAACUACACCAACCUGACGGACGAUUACAACUACACCAACCUGAUUCCACUGGCCGAACAGAUUCCCAUGUUGGUGAAUCUUACGAACCGAGGCCCACCGAUCGAGUUCGCCCUGCCGCUGCUCGGAUACGCCAUGCCAGCGCUCCUGGUGGUGACCAUCAUCGCCAACACGUUCGUCGUGGUCGUCCUGGCACAGCGUCACAUGCGGACACCCACCAACAUUGUCUUGCUGGGAAUGGCCGUCUGCGACAUGAUGACACUCCUGAUACCGUCUCCGUGGUUCUUCUACAUUUACACACUGGGAAACUACGCCACCGUGCUCGGCCCUUCGUCCACAUGCUACGCCUACAACAGCAUGAACGAGGUGAUCCCGAACGCGUUUCACACGGCCUCUGUCUGGCUGACGCUAGUGCUGGCUGGACAGCGCUACUUCUAUGUCUGUCAUCCGACCACAGCGGUCACCUGGUGCACCGUACCGCGCGUAUUGCGGACAGUGUGCUGGGUUGGCUUUAUCGCGUUCGCGCACCAGCUGCCGCGCUUCCUCGACACGGUGUUCAUAGACGUGCGCUUCAAGUGGCAAGGUGAAGUGCACUACGGCUGCCAAAUGCUGGUCGCCGAAUGGGUCACACAGAUCUUCACCGCGAAGGCUUACUUCAUCGCCUACUACGCCUUCAAGGUAAUCUUCGUCAACAUCGGGCCCUGCACCGUGCUCGUGGUGCUCAACAUCCUGCUGUUCCGCGCCCUCAAGCGCGCUCAAGAGAAGCGUGCCAAGCUGCUCAAGGAGAACCGCAAGAGCGAGUGCAAGAAGCUGCGUGACAGCAACUGCACCACCAUGAUGCUCAUUGUCGUGGUGACCGUGUUUCUGGCUGUCGAGAUACCGCUCGCCGUGACCAUCGUGCUGCACGUGCUGAUAAACGCGUUCAAGGUGCAGCUUGUCUCGUAUUACGUUCUCAACAUCACGCUGCUCUUCACCAACUUCUUCCUCAUGCUGAGCUACCCGGUGAACUUUGCCAUCUACUGUGGUAUGAGCAAGCAGUUCCGGAAGACGUUCAAGGAUCUCUUCAUUAUGGGCACGUUCGUCAACAAGACCCAGGGUUCGUCGCGUUACUCGCUGGUCAACGGGCCCCGCACAGUGACGAACGAGACCAUACUGUGAGAUGAACGUCUGGCGAUGUUUGACGAAACCGUAGAAUGCCGCGAAAGGGAUACGUUUUCGCGUGUCAGCGUGGAAUUGUGCAUCUCGACUUGAACGCCGCACGUUCCUUGAUAUUGCUCUGGUGAAAAGAAGCUUGGCCACUUCUGCUGCUCCUUUGAGGGCCGCGGUAACAGAUGGGUGCUAACGAUACAUUGCGCAGUCUAGUUGAAAGAUCGGCGUUUCAAAAAGCUGGCUGCAGAGGGAUGCGAGACCAAAGGCCGGUCUCGAUAGAGUUUACUUCCCGUUGCAAAAGGGCAUUACUACUUCUGACUGAACUCCUCUAUUACAUACCUUCCUUUUCUUAGAUUCCUCGUUAUGAUACCUUAAGCUCCAUAUCCUCCAUACCCAGCAUUCACUUAGAGGCAUAGAAAUGGCAAGCGUUUUCGCACACGAUGCCGAAAAAUUGUAUGCACCUAAUGGCACUUGAUCGAAGGAGAGCGUAAGAGACAUAUAGUUGGUUUAUAGCGGGGUUCUAAGCACUAUGUUCAAUAGAGAGCGUUGCCUAAUAAUUUACGCAACGGAAGACAGCACUUCCUUUGCAGGAAAGAUUUUCACAAGUGCUACUGAGGAAGGGAAACAUUGCUGUCUUAUGCUAUUACUGAGAUAAAAAAGCGCCGUUCACACUCGCAAAAAUUAUUCUGCACUUUCUAUGGGAAGUAAUCUGCUAUACGUAGAAUAACCGUCUCAAACACACCUUAUCUCUAUCAGCCCCGCACUGCUUCAGUUAAAUUUAGCAGUCACCUUAUCGUUGCUCAUCCAAUGCAUAUUCCCUAACAUAAAACCUUUUCACGAGUUAUCGCUGUUACGUUUGCCGUGGGAGAAAGAGAAGAAUAUUUCUGAAAAAAAUAUAUUUUGGAUUUUCGAGUCCCAACCUUGCCGAUGACUUGUUAGUAGUGGACGCCGUUCGCACGUUUGCGCUUGCCGCCUUCAUUCUUGAGCUUCAUAUCGUAUUUCCAAUACGAAUUUCUAAGAAAGCCUCUACUGAACUUUCCACUAGCUUUCUUGUUGUGCUGCUUGUUGUUACUUUCGCAAGACCGUUGUUUUAUUCCAUACGAUCAGCCGACGGAAAAGAGUAUUGCCGACUUUCAGCCAAAAAUGGAGUUUACGAGCCUGCUCAACACGCGCUUGGUUUAUUUCCUUGGACAGUUCAGAACGCUCAGGCAUAUUCCUUUCAGAAGAUGAAAAGCUGCUCCAAGUUUAAAUGAGGAACUAUUUUUCUCGUAGUAGUACGCUACCCUUUCACAAUACAAGAAGCAGGACUUGCCGCGAGAAGACGCUUCGCGAGCGAGAAAACGCGCCAAAGAGAAAUACAGGUGGCGCUGCUGUCUCGAGGUUCCCGCGCCAAGUCUCCAUGAUGUCACAGAUUUUGACGGCGUUUGCGAAGGGCCUGUAUAUUUUUGUAUAGGUAAAUUAAAUUCCAAUUUGUUUUUAGAGGGUCCGACACUUCAGAUGGCCAGCCAGUGUGGACAAAAUGCCGAAAAAAACCUUCGAAAUCCGCAUCGUCAAACUGGCAUUUAGAUGUCAACUGGCAUUUAGAUGGCAUUUAGAAGUUUCGCCGGGAAAUUCCAAAUGCAAAAAUGAAACUGACCUUCAUUUUAUUUUCAAAUAUUGAAGGUAUGAUGGCGAAAUAAAAAUAGAGUUAUUAAUAAAA